UUAUACUGCAUUUGCAAACAACCGGAUGAUGGUAAAAGAUUGAUGAUAUGCUGCGAUGGUUGUGACGAAUGGUUCCAUGGUGAUUGCGUUGGUAUUAAAAAUGAAGAUGCUAACAUGAUUAAAAAAUUUUACUGUCCUAAUUGUAUAGAGAAAAAUAAUGAAUUACGUACAACUUAUAAAUCGAAAAAAAAGAGAGAAGAUCGUCAUCAAGAAGAAAAGAGACAAAAACGUUCCAUUCGAGCUUGUGGAAAAUGCGAUGCUUGUACAAGAACGGAAGAUUGUGGCAAAUGCAAAUUUUGCUUGGAUAUGCCAAAAUUUGGAGGUCCUAAAAGACUUCGGCAGAAAUGUAUGUUACGCCAGUGCAAAUUUUAUUCACGAUUGGUAAGUCCCUUACGUCAUUUCGCUACUUCACAGCCUGCGCCUACUUCUCCUACUUUAACAACACCUACUGAUGAAGAUAAAGGAAAGAUAUCAAACAUGGAUUUAACGGUUCCAGCACAAGACGAAACGACUAUUGCUAAUAAAGUUUCUGAAAAAGAUGAAACUUCAGCUGCAACAGCGCAAACCCCUAAAGCAUCCAAAAAAUCAAGUAAACAGCGUAGCCUUAAAGUUAAACAGUUAAAAAAGAGCAAAAGAGAGGAACAGAGAAAGGAACAUCAAUCAAAGAGUCGGAAAAGAAAACGAGAUGAGGGCAAACAAAUCAAAGAUGAGGAUACGCAAGUUGAAAUUAUUGAGAAGAGAGAAUUGAUACAAUGUAUUGGCAUCGGUUGCGUCAAUGCUGCAAGGCUGUCUUCAAAAUAUUGUAGCAAUGAAUGCGGUUUAAAACUGGCUAAAGAGCGUAUUCUUCGAGUCUUACCGAAUAAAAUUAAGACUUUGAGAACUCAAGGCCUUACCGCUGAUAUUCAGGGUGAAUUAAAAAUAAAGGAGUUAGAAAGAAAACGAAAAAUUGCUGAAAAAAGGUUAGCAGAGUUAGAUGAAAUGUCUGCGAAAUUAGACCAUUUCGUUAAUUGGACUAAAAUGUCAUCUGCUUCAUUAGAACCCGAUGCCAAUGAAGAUGGCAAUGAAGAUACUGAUUUACAAAUUUAUUGCGUUACAUGUGGACAUUCUAUUCCUCCACGUAAUGCUAUCAAACAUAUGGAAAAGUGCUAUAUCAAGGAAGAAAGUUUGACAUCGUAUGGAUCAAAGUAUGCUACUAAUGUAGGACCAAAUGAGGUGUCAUUAUUCUGCGAUGAAUAUAACGCACAACAAGGAACAUACUGCAAGCGUUUACGCGUAUUGUGUGCAGAACAUACUAAAGAGCCAAAGAUACCUGCGAAUGAAGUGUGUGGAUGUCCAUUAACCCGAAAUGUGUUUGAAGAAACUGAUGAUUUUUGUAGAGUAAGAAAGCGCUCUUGCAUAAAACAUUAUCGUUGGGAGAGACUGCAAAGAGCUAACAUUGAUAGAGAACGGAUUCAGCAGUGUCUAUUAAUUGAAGAAACAUAUGAACAAAUACGAAUUAUACAAACUGCUAAAGAAGGCAGACGAGGACUACUGGGAAUUAUGCUACAUGAAACUAAGGCUUAUUAA